UAUAAAGCUAUAAAUUUAAACCUUGCCGCAGUUGGUAUACAUAUAAUGAAAAUGUUUUGCGGCGUGUUCCCAAAUGCAAGGGCAUAAAGCGGCAAAUAUUAAAUUGCGAAUUAAAUGUAUGAUCAAGUAUGUGUGCGGCUUCUUAUGAAAAUGCGUUGUUUUUAUGUGAAAAUAUGAUGUGAAAUGGAAAUACAAUAUCAAGCUUUGGUGAAUACAAUCCAUAAUAAAAAGUCAUAAAUAAAAAAAAGCAAGAGAAGGUCUUGAUAUCUCUAAAUAUCAGUUUGUGAUUGUAACUGUGCAGAUUUAUAGUGCAGUUGUGUUAAUAAUAAAGUGCCAAUUAUUGAUUCACAAGGAAUCUUGUGAGUCGGUCAUGCUCACACAUAGUCAACAGAAUGCACUUAUGCGCAUGCUUUUUUAGCUGAGCGCCGUCCUGCCGAGUGUGUGUGCCUUCGAGUAGCAUUCGUUAAUAUGCCGGAAGAUGCCGUUCCUGCGCAAACAGGCUGGUGUGGCAUACGAAACGCUGUUGUUGUGAGAUGUGUGUUGACGAAACCAAAUGGCUCUAGGGGUUAUAUACAGUUUGAAGGCCGAAAAAAGCGAAGUUCGUCAAAACAAUGUAAAUUCUACAAUAACAACAAUAAUAGUAAUAACAAUCGACAUUUGCAGUCCAAUAAAUCCAUACAGACACAAAAUCAAGAAACAAACAGUCAAAGAAUGGCGUUUAGAAAAAUUCAAAGGUUUGCUUUUCGGCAACACAUAACACUACGAGAAAUACAACUGCUGUAAAGUACCAUCAAAAUUGAAUUUGUGUAUUAAAAGCAGUGUAUGGCUGCUGUUCAUUCUCA